CUAGGUUGCUAAUGUUAUAACAUUCCUAUCAACCCUCAUGUUAUUUUACAUUCUGUUGUCAACCACAACAUGCCAACUGCUAGGGAAGGUAAGGUGGGCUAUUAUGAGAAUCAGUAGUCAACCGCACCUACUUGCUAAACUGACGGAUAAGACUUAACAAUCUUGUCUAAUGUAUGACAGGAACAUUUGAAAAGGAAGUAGGAAAACAUGGGGUCUGCUGCGCACACAGUGUGUGUGCUCCUGUGUUUUGGGGUCUCAGGAUCAUGCUACACACUCCAGACCGUGGGCCCAUGUACAGUCAACAGAGAGACGGCUGCAUUUGACUGCAGUGGGAAAACACUUACGUCGGUACCACAGCACAUCUGGAUGAAUGUGACCGAGUUGGACCUGUCCGACAAUAAGUUAGACUUAACUCACAGUGACGGCUUCAAGCGUUUGAACCUCUUCAACCACUUGCUCAAACUGAACCUAUCAGGCAACUACCUCCCCCUACUGUUAAAAGAACAUCUUUACAGCCUCUCUUCUCUUGAGGUACUAGAUCUGAGUAGGUGCAAACUGGCCGCAGUGGAGGCAAACGCUCUGACCAGCCUCUCCAGAUUACAGAUGCUCUUUCUGGGGAACAUUCCAUCUGCUGCAGUUCGAGACCUGAGAUUGAACCAGUUUGGUCAACUCGGAGGAGAACUGAAUAUCAGACAGGAAGUGGGAAACAUAGUAAUGAGGAUCAGACACUCAAAACACAUGACACAGGAUCACCACAAUGAUGGAUAUUCUGAGGAUGUCAACCGUGGAGCCUUCCUCCGUAAACUACUCGUAGUGAAAACAACCUCAAACAGUACAAUUAAUGGCUCAAAUCCCACUGAUGAUCCCAAAACCUCUUCAGAGAGCUGGAAGGUCCUUGUGGCUGUUCUGGUGUCAGCUAUCAGCCUCUCCGUUCUUAUCGCUGUGAUGGCUAAAUGCAAAGUCGUGCACAAGUAUCUAGCAAGCUACAGACACUCCAGGCUCAGCGAAGUAGAUGGUACGAGUCAGUGUGACCCUGCCAACUUUGAGGUGGGAUUCUCGACCCAUGGUGGCCCAGGGACUCGCGCAGCUGCACAUACUGAUGACAUCGAAGAGGAUGACGAUGGGUUCAUUGAAGAUAACUACAUUCAAGCAAGUGAGAGUGAGAGAGCCACAAGAGCAGCAGCACUGACUGACGAUGAUGAUGAGGAGGAGGAAAUUGAAUUUAGUAUUGGUUAGCCACAUUAAGUCGACUCUUAUUUUCGUAAACUAUUCAUUGAAUGAUUAAUUGAGAAAAUGAAUACAGUGUCCCCAUUAAUAUUUGAACACUUAAGCCACAUUAAAAGACGUAUGACUCAGAGAACGAUUAAAAAGCCACUUGGUGUAAUGUCUUAUAUCUUAUAACGAAAUAAAAUUCAUACAUUUGUAUAUAGAUGUCCAAAUAGUUUCUAGGGACACUUUAUGAAAGUUUUUGAAAAUGUAUAAAUCAGACACAUUUAUAAUAGCCUAAGUUAAAUUACAUUUUAAUGUAGGCCUUAAUAGCCUAUGUUAAGCAUUUUAUACAAUAUUUGUUAACAUUGUUAAUGAUAGUUAUUAUAAAAAUUUAUUUUAAGUCAUGAUGUAAUUUACCACCCUCAUGAAUCAUAUUAAUAAUAAUUAACCUUUAAUGAGUUGUCCUUCUUGAAUUUGCAUUGACUAUUCCUUGCGUUCUGGAAAAUAUACAUUUUUUUUCUUGUGUUUGUACUUGUACUUGUUUCAAUUUAUUUCUGAAUUAAAUGGUUUUUAUUUUUCAA